UCAUAUAAAAUUAUAAUACAUAUAAAAAUUAAAAAAUUUUUAAUUCCCGGCUAGGUUGUAUAAAAUCAGCAAAGACGAAGUUUAUUAGAUUGUUUUGUGAUAUCAGGAAGAUAUCAAGUAAUUUAACUAACAAAAUGGUUAUCAAACAUCACGCUGAAAAUUAUGAAGAAUUCACCAAAUUGGUUGAAGGAUUAGAAUCUUCUGGUGAACCAAUUCAUGUGCUAUUUAGUGGUAACAAGGAUGAAAAUGGUAAAAGUUGGUGCCCAUAUUGUGUAAAAGCUGAACCAGUUAUUACAGAAGCUGUAGAAAAAUCAGCUGAAAAGAGUCACUUUGUUCAUGUUGAAAUCGAUAGACCAUUCUGGAAAGAUUUAAACUGUCCCUUCCGUAAGGAUCCCCGCACUCAUUUGAUAUUCUUGCCAACUUUGUUGCGUUGGAAAUCACCUCAACGUUUAGAUGGUGAGCGUUGCUCAAACGCUGAUCUCGUUGAAAUGUUACUUACUGAUGAGGACUAAGAACGAUAUUAUAGAGUGUGGAAUGUUAAGAUAAAGUUUAUAUUUGUAUUCACAAAAAAAAAAAUAAAA